GUAUUUCUUCAGUUUUCCAGAAAGUGACCUCAUCAUAAAGGAAACGAAAACCGGAAUUCCUUCUGGCGUGCAAAGGAGGAAACAUAUACGGAGUAUACAAAACAGGCGCUCUGCGAUUUAAUCACGCCAUCCUUAAACUCUAUUUCGUGUUAAUUCUGUAAACAUGGUGCUCGAGGCAACGAUGAUCUGCAUCGACAAUUCGGAGUGGAUGCGAAAUGGAGAUUACUCGCCCAGUAGAUUUCAAGCUCAGGCUGACGCCGUUAAUCUCAUCUGUGGGGCAAAAACUCAGGCUAAUCCGGAGAAUACGGUUGGGGUAUUGACGAUGGCUGGCAAAGGGGUUCGUGUUUUAGUUACUCCUACCAGUGAUCUCGGGAAGAUCUUAGCUUGCAUGCACGGACUGGAAAUAGGAGGUGAAAUGAAUUUGGCAGCUGGAAUUCAGGUAGCUCAGUUGGCCCUCAAGCAUCGCCAAAACAAAAAGCAACAACAAAGGAUUAUUGUUUUUGCUGGGAGUCCUGUCACAUAUGACAAGAAGGUAUUGGAGAUGAUUGGGAAAAAGUUAAAAAAGAACAGUGUAUCUCUGGAUGUUGUAAACUUUGGUGAAGAAGAUGAAGGGAAAACUGAGAAGCUUGAGGCACUGGUUGCCACUGUAAACAACAAUGAUAGCAGUCACAUUGUUCAUGUUCCUCCUGGUCCUAAUGCUCUUUCAGACGUGUUAAUAAGUACUCCUAUAUUUACUGGUGACGGUGAGGGUGGAAGUGGAUUUGCUGCAGCAGCUGCAGCGGCUGCAGCUGGUGGAGUAUCUGGCUUUGAAUUUGGUGUAGAUCCUAACCUGGAUCCUGAACUUGCCCUUGCACUUCGAGUUUCAAUGGAAGAAGAAAGGGCAAGGCAGGAAGCAGCUGCAAAAAAGGCCUCAGAAGAAGCUGCAAAACAAGAAAAAGGAGAAAAGCAGAGUGCUUCCGAAGAUGUGACCAUGACUGAAAAUGCUGCAGCUGGAACAUCUGAAUCUGAAAACAAGGCAGCUGAUCCUAUGGAUGAUGAAAAUGCCUUAUUACAACAAGCACUUGCAAUGUCCAUGGAUGAUUCUUCCACUAACAUUGCCAUAAGAGAUGCUGACAUGCCAGAAGCAGCUUCUGAAGAUCAAGAUUUGGCACUUGCCCUUCAAUUGUCUGUGCAAGACAGUACAAAAGACCAGUCGAAUCCAACUGAUGUGAGCAAGUUGUUGGCUGACCAAUCUUUUGUGUCAUCUAUUCUUGCUUCACUUCCAGGUGUUGACCCCAAUGAUCCAUCAGUUAAAGAUCUAUUAGCUUCCAUGCAGGGUCAGUCUGAGUCCCAGGAGAAGGAGGAGGAGGACAAGGAUCGUAAAGAGGAGGAGAAAAAAUGAUGGGAUUUUUAUGUCUGUUGAGGUUCACAAGUUGAUAAACUGGGAUCAAAGAGCACUGCAUGUUGGUGGAAGUUAUGUUCUUAUCAAAAGGACUGUGGAUAAUGGAUGUAGGCAUGUAGCUGUCACUGUUAUACCUCCUAGUCCUAGUGGGAGGUGAAUUGAAUGUUUGAAUGUGUUCCAAUUCAGUUUCAAUACCUUAUGUAUGAAAAGUGAUUUUUAUCUAGUAGGUGUUGGGACAGUUCCAAUUGCGUGCACUAACAGAAAAUAUGAUUGCUAUUUACAUCGCCUUCAUUCUAGUGAAUUUCUCUGGUUUUGUACUGUUGGUUACUUAGGAAUGGAAAGAGUAGAUUUGGAAAAUUCUACAAUAUUGAAUGUAGAAAUGGCACACAUUGUACUUUAUGCUUGGUGGAAUUAGAUCAUUAUUCGAUUA